AUGGAGGGGGACGUUAUCGACAAGCUGGAGGACAUGGCAUCGGUGUACGACUUCGAUCCGAUCACCGGCAACAUCCCCGCCACCAAAGUAGAAAUCACCGUCUCCUGCAGAAAACUGCUGGAUAAAGACACAUUUUCCAAGUCAGAUCCAUUAUGCGUGCUCUAUACUCAAGGUGUGGAAACCAAACAGUGGAGAGAGUUUGGCAGAACGGAGACGAUCGACAACACUCUAAAUCCAGACUUUGUCAGAAAGUACAUCCUGGACUACUUUUUCGAGGAGAAGCAGAACCUUCGCUUUGACUUGUAUGACAUGGACUCCAAAAGUCCAGACCUCUCCAAACACGUGAUAAUUGAAUUAGUCGACUUUUUGGGUCAACUGUUCUGUACUCUCGGGGAGAUUGUUGGAUCACCGGCCAGUCGACUAGAGAAACCACUGGGAGGGAUACAAGGGAAGAAAUGUGGCUCCAUCAUCCUGUCUGCAGAGGAGCUGAGCAAUUGUCGAGAUAGCGGCACUAUGCAGUUCUGUGCCAACAAGCUGGACAAGAAGGAUUUCUUUGGCAAGUCAGACCCCUUCAUGGUCUUUUACAGAAGCAACGAGGAUGGAACGUUUACGAUCUGCCAUAAGACAGAGGUGGUGAAGAACACAUUAAAUCCAGUGUGGCAGCCUUUCACUAUCCCGGUACGAGCCCUCUGCAAUGGAGACUAUGACAGAACAAUCAAGGUGGAGGUGUAUGACUGGGAUCGGGAUGGCAGCCAUGACUUCAUCGGGGAUUACACGACCAGCUACCGAGAGCUAGCUCGAGGGCAGAGCCAGUUCAAUGUGUACGAGGUAAUAAAUACCAAGAAGAAAAUGAAGAAAAAGAAAUAUGCCAACUCUGGAACAGUGACCCUGCUCUCGUUCUCUGUGGAGUCCGAGUUUACAUUCUUAGAUUACAUUAAAGGAGGGACGCAGAUCAAUUUCACUGUGGCCAUCGAUUUCACAGCAUCUAAUGGUAACCCCUCUCAGUCUACAUCACUGCAUUACAUGAACCCAUACCAGCUGAACGCCUACGCCAUGGCCUUGAAGGCUGUCGGGGAGAUCAUCCAGGACUACGACAGCGACAAGAUGUUCCCCGCUCUGGGAUUUGGAGCCAAACUGCCCCCUGAUGGACGGGUGUCCCACGAGUUCCCCCUGAACGGAAACAUGGAAAAUCCCUACUGCAAUGGUAUCGAAGGCAUCUUAGAGGCGUACCACCAGAGUUUAAAGACAGUGCAGCUCUACGGGCCCACGAACUUUGCUCCUGUGGUGAACCAUGUGGCCGGGUAUGCGGCAGCAGUGCAGGACGGCUCUCAAUACCAUGUGCUCCUCAUCAUCACAGACGGUGUCAUCUCCGACAUGGCUCAGACCAAAGAGGCCAUUGUGAAUGCUGCCAAGCUUCCCAUGUCCAUCAUCAUAGUUGGAGUGGGUCAGGCUGAGUUUGAUGCUAUGGUGGAGCUGGAUGGUGAUGACAUCAGGAUCUCGUCCCGAGGGAAACCGGCAGAAAGAGACAUUGUUCAGUUUGUUCCCUUCAGGGAUUAUAUGGACCGGACAGGUAACCAUGUGUUAAGCAUGGCGCGGCUCGCCAAAGACGUGCUAGCAGAGAUCCCCGACCAGUUUAUCUCCUACAUGAAGAGCAGAGGGAUCAAACCCAACCCGGCACCGCCCCCGUACACACCACCUGGACACACACACCACCACACACAGAUAUAA